UGUCACUUGUCUCCACAAACAGAAUUUUCGUUACGUAUUCCUUAUAUUGGCAUGCUUAACAUGUACGCGAUUGAUUGAGAAGUUUAGAAGUUCUUGACGACAGAAGUUAAUGAAUAUUAAUACUUAAUUGAUUGUGUCGUCUGUGAAAAAGCAUUUAACACAAAAGCUCAAUUUGUUUCUUUUUCGUCAUGGACUGUGUACUUCCAGGAACGUUCUUGCACCAAUCUCCAGUUUUACCCCAGAAGUGCCUUGCACAGAUAUGCUUUACUUGCAGAGUUAUACGAAAUAAUCUAAUACAAAACCUGUUCAAACAUAACAAGUUGGUGGAACAGUUCCAGUCAUCAACGGACAUUACUCACAUCAACACUGAACAUAUCGUACCAUUUAAGAUUACCUCAUGUAUAAUUGUUCGAGUAAUGGUAUAUCUAACAGUUAGAGCCUCGCGACCCAGUGUUCAACUCGUCGUGAAAAUGUUGAAGUUGCGAAGGCAAGGUUCAUAUUCGUUGUUAGUAAAUUCGUUUGAGGCGGAAUGGAUGUUCUACAAAUACGUUGCCGUAAGACUGACAUAUCUCAUACAUCCGAAAUGCUAUCAUCUGGAUAGCAGUAUAUGCAUACAAGGGUAUCCAUUUAUCAUACUGGACGAUUUGAUUACGCUCGGUUAUAAGCAGUUCAAAGGUAAAUUAAAAAAGAAUGACCUAAUAAAAGUUCUCAAAAUUCUGGCGCUAUUCCAUGGCGAUACAAUGAAGCUGCUGAAUGAAGACGAGAAUAUGAAAAGUUAUGCCGAGAAUUUCUUCGAAGAGAAUAAGAAGAAAAACAUAGUCAAACAACAAAAGGCAAUUAGGUAGAGCAGUUAUAAGUCCUGUGAUUAGAAAUAAUAAAAUAAGGAUUUAUUAUUAAAAAUAUGCAUUUUUAAAUAAAUACAUGACUCACAAAUUUUAUUAUAAUAAUAAAAUAUAAUUAUAAUAAUAAUAAAAUAAUAAUUAAUCAAUAUUUAGAAAGUAAGCAAAAUCUAAAGCCUUGGAAUGUGUUUUAAUCAUUUUAAUUGGAAUUUUAAUCACUUAAUUUAUAAUAGAACAAUAUUUAUAUAUCGAAUGAUUUGACAACUGUUUGGCGUCAGCUAUCCGAUAGAUGAAGAAAAUUAUUAGAAAGUAAUAUUUCGAAUAUGUUUAUUAUUUAU